AGAGAGAGGGGACAUCUGAGUGAAAUCUAAUAAAUUCUCCUUUUCACAGUUAAAAAAAUAUAAACUUUAAAAUAAUAAUAGUCAAUAAUAAGCCAUCAAAAACUAAAAGAAAAUUAUUAAAAUUAAAAUAGUCAAUGAUCAAAAUUACAUUUCUUUAGAAGGAGAAAGCAGCUCUUGUGGACUGAGCGGUUUUUACUUUUCUUAAUUGGGUUGCUGAUAGAGAGAGAGAGAGAGAGAGAGAGAGAGAGAGAAGGCUAUGGGAGCUUGUGCGUCGCGGCCCAAGGGUUGCGUUGGUGGGCGGUUGCGUUUGCCGAAGAAGAACCAUCGCCGGAUAAGAAGAAAUGGUCAGAGACGAGUUUCAUCGUCCAAUCGAUCUUUCCCUAAUCCUGCAUUCCAAGCAAGAGCUAGUACAGAUGCGCAGUGGUUUGAUUGUAUUUCAAUGAAUGAAUCCGAACGGGACGAGGAUUUUUACAGCGUUCGGGAUGAUGUGCUGUCUAUAAAUGGCUCUGAAAGUGUAUCAGGAUUGAGUAUAACAUCGCCAAGAGGUGUUUACCGUAAGGAGUUUUGUGAAUCCUCUGAUCAGCAUCAGCAGCAGAAACCAAGAGAACCAUUGCAUAGAAAAAAUGAUGUUGCCUCUGUUAAUGCUGAUGAAGUUUCUACUGUCUGCGUGGAUGAAAGUAAUGGAGGAAACCAACCAACACAAGCGUUGGAUAAUUGUGGCCUUCUUCCAAACACUUGCUUGCCUUGCCUUGCUUCUACGGUCGACAAAAGAAGCCCAGGCCCUCCAAUUUCAAGAAAGAAACCGCUUUCGAAACUUUCCUUUAAAUGGAGGGAAGGGCAUGCUGACCCCAGUCCCACAUUAUUUUCACCCAAGCUACUUCGACAGCGACCAAUAGCGGGUUCCACGGUUCCUUAUUGCCCUGUAGAGAAGAGAAUGCCAGAUUGCUGGUCUCCUCUUGAGCCAAGCACAUUCAAAGUCAGGGCAAAAAACUAUUUAAGGGACAAAAAGAAAGAUUGUGCUUCAAAUUAUGCUGCAUUUUAUCCUUUCGGUGUUGAUGUUUUCUUAUCACCAAGGAAAAUUGAUCAUAUUGCUCGUUUUGUGGAACUUCCUAUGAUGAAUUCAGCUGGGGACAUGCCUUCUAUUCUUGUUGUAAAUGUUCAGAUGCCAUUGUAUCCUGCCACUAUAUUUCAAGGUGAAAAUGAUGGAGAAGGAAUGAACUUGGUGAUGUACUUUAAGCUUUCUGAGAAUUAUUCUAAAGAGCUUCCAUCUCAUUUCCGAGAUAAUAUCACUAGAUUCCUCAAUGAUGAGGUGGAGAGAGUUAGAGGUUUCCCUGUUGAUACAAUUGCACCCUUUAGAGAAAGAUUGAAGAUCCUGGGUGGAGUGGCAAAUAUGGAAGAUCUUCCUUUGAGUGCCGCUGAGAAGAAGCUAAUGAAUGCUUACAAUGAAAAGCCUGUUCUUUCACGUCCCCAGCAUGAGUUUUACUUGGGAGAAAACUACUUCGAGAUUGAUUUGGAUGUUCAUAGAUUUGGCUACAUCUCCAGAAAAGGAAUCGAAGCAAUCCACGAAAGAUUAAAGCUGUGUAAAUUGAAUUUCGGUCUGACAAUUCAGGGAAACAAAGCAGAAGACUUGCCUGAGAAUAUGUUAUGUUGUGUACGGUUGAAUGAAAUCAACUACACAAAUUAUCACCAGCUGGGAUCUUGAAUCAAUAGAAUUAUUUGAGUCAAGUGCCUUCUUUUAAUCCCAAUAAAAACUUUGAUACUGGAGAUCGUUCAAUCAGUGAACCGACUGAGAAUGUCGACCUAGAAAACUUCCUCCACUUUUUUCUUCCCUAAUCAAGUCCUCUCUCUUGACUUCCUCUCUUGAGUACUUGUAGGUUGGCAAUCAACUUUUGUUUCUCCAAUUUUUGCUAUUCGUGUUACACAUUCAUUUGUACAGGUAUACUUAAAUGUACAGUUUUGACAAAUGAAGUGAAAUAAAAAAAAAUAAAUAAAAAAAAAAAUAAAAUUAAAAAAAGCUUUUUCUUUUACGCGCAGACUUUCAUAAGAUGAUGACUCUGAUUUCUCCAUGGAUGUUUCGAAAGCUGUUGUUUCUUCAAUCUGGUUUGAGGCCAGUAAGAUAUUAGAAAGAGAGAAAAAUUCCUGAUCCUGGAGAUUUUGCACUUUGCAGCUGCAGGGAAUUUAGCAUAAACUUAUUUCGUGCCACUCGCAGCAUCAGAGAUCCAUGUAACCGUAAAGAAUAAUCAGAUGUUCUGAUAUCUGCAUAAAGA